CACAAGCUUAUUCUACUUAGCCUACGUCGUCAUUUUACGGACAACUGGGGCAAGCGCAGAUGUACAGAGCACAGCAUUGUCAUCUGAACAAUCCCUCCUCUCCUCUCCAUUAAAAUGGAUGAGCUUUUUCUUCGACAUUUUUCCUUUUGAAGCCAGGCUUUUAUUAUGCAUGCACUUGACUAUUGGUUUUCUUCAAUGUAAAUUGAGUACAUUCCUAUUGAAGUUAAUGAAGUACAUUUCAUAUUACUUGGUGCUACUAGGUCAUAGUGAACACAGGCCAACCAUUUUCCAACAAAAGCUGAAUGAAGUCUCAACCACAAGAACACAUCUUAAAAAGGUCCUUUUUGUUAUAACAUACCUUCAAACUCUCCCUCCCUUUUUUCCAACCACCAAACUACCUUCCCUUCCACCACAAUCCAUGGCCUCCGGCCGCGCUCUUCUCCUCGUCGCCUUGUUAGCCAUCGUCCUUCUCACGAGCAAGGUCAGCUCUGACACCCCUGCUCCCACAGCCGGUGGCGAUGCUCAACAGGACACUGACCCGGCCAUCCCUGUCGCUGCUGAUAAACCAGGGGAACGCCGAAGAUGCUCAUGACACCGAGGACCAGUAUGAUAAUAUGGACCACGACGAUAGCCCUGAGGAUGGCGAUGAUGUUGCCUUCGAGCGAUCUUUUAUCGUUCUUGGUCACUGAUAAAGAAAAUGCAAGAACAUCUUCUUGAUAAUGAUGUUCGCUUCUGUUCCUUAUUGUUGUUCUUUGUUUGAUCUUGAGAUGCAAUUGUUAUAUGUACAAAUUAAGCUAAGGAGUUAUUGUUAUGCUUGCUAUUCAUGUAUGUCUAUAGUUCUAGUUCUAUAACUAUCUUUUGCUUGGAAAACCUAAGUACUUGAAUAAAGUUUGAAUCUUUAAGAAUUAA